AUGUUCCGGGAACAAUGGGGCGAAACAUCUGAGAGGGGUGGCUGUUAUUCUCAGAGUAACAGGCCACAAAAGGAAGCAAGCUAUGCAGGACCUGGCGGAGGAGGCGGAGCAAGGGAGAUUUUGGCUCUGGCUUCAGAGGAAGGACAAGGUGUGGGGAAAGCACGGAUUCUAAGCAGUCUGCAGGGAGUGGUAGGUAGAUGUCCCUACCACUGCCCCACCACCCAGAGAUGUUUUAGGAAUAAUGGGGCGAAACAUCUGAGAAGGGUGACUCCCGGCUGAUGACCCUGUAGCCUGCAUCAUGGUGCUGUCAGAUAUGUGACAGGCAGAUAUGCCAAGCAGACAAACACCGAGGUAAAACUGAAUUUAAACAAUGUUGAAAUUGAAAAAGUAUAUGAAACUAAGUUUUUGGGAGUAAUAAUAGAUGAUAAAGUUUGUUGGAAGCCUCACAUAAAAUAUGUAAAACAGAAAUUAUCCAAGCCUAUCUCUAUUCGUUAUAAAACAAGAGAUUUACUGAAUAAGAACUGCCUUCAUUUGCUGUACUUUUCACUUGUGAUGCCUUAUAUGACAUACUGUGCUGAAAUUUGAGGAAAUGCAUACAAAACGAAUUUAGAUCCAAAAAUUAAACUGCAGAAAAGAGCUAUCGGGAUAAUAAAUGAAGUUGAAUAACGAGAUUCUACAAAUCAGCUUUUUAUAAGAUCACAAACAAUAAAAUUUCUGGAUAUUGUAUAUUUAAAAACAUUAGAAAUUAUGUUUCGAGUGGUAAAUAAGACAAUUCCUGUUUGUAUUAGAAAAAUGUUUAAGCUAAGGCAGGGGAUUUAUAACUUAAAAGGGCUGCUAAUGUUUGAAACUCACAAAGUCAGAACUAAUCCCAAGUACAGAUGUGUGUCAGUUUUGGGUGCAAAAUUAUGGAAUGGACUGUGGAGUGGAAUGGAAUGAUGAAAUAAGUGUAAUUCUAUGUUAGUUUUCAAGAAGACUUUAAAAUCCAAAAUGAUCAAAGGUUAAAAUGAAAUUUUAUUGAAUUCUGUUUUUCAGUUUAAGCUAUUAUGUUUUUUGUAAUGAUGUACUAGUACUGAUGUUUUAUUGUGAAUUAUUCCUAUGAUGGUACAGGAAAGGCAAAAAUAAGACUUGGGGCUUCAGUCUGAUGGGUUCUUUUGUAAAAAUAUGAUUAUAUUUUUUGUUUUUAAACUGAAAUAAAAGUAUUCAUUCAUUCAUUCAAGAUAAUCUGAAUGAAGAAUGAAGACUUUUUAAAAACGAUUCGUUUAAAACGAUUCCUGGAUUUUUUUGCAUUGAGUCCUCUGACAAAGAAAAGCGUGAAAUCUCUGCAGUUUCUGGCUAAAGUGGAAAAUCGUUAAAAUCAAGUGGCAUCCUGGGGUGACGAUGAAUGACGAUAAUAUGACAGAUACAUAAAUCAGGGCAUAAAUCAGGGACAUUAGCCACAUCAUUGAAACAAAAGUCCAAAUAUUACAGUUGACAAUAUAGAUCACAUACCCCUGGUGGAAGUGUAACACACUGCAGUUCCUCAAGUGUCUAAGUUCAGGGACACUCUGAGGGUCUCAUAUUUGAAUGUAUAUAUAUAUAUAUAUAUAUAUAUAUUUUUUUUUUUUUGUUUUGUUUUGUUUUGUUUUUUUUCCCGAUGCAUCGGAAUGAUAUCGAUAAAAUAUAAAGGGUUAGGAUUUUCACGUAAAUUUGCACGAUUAAAGGUGUGGCAAAAUUGAGUGGAUUCAUAGUGGCUGUACAUAGUCACCUCCCACAAAGAGAUAGUAUGGGUAUGUUACACAUUUUCUGAAUCUUAUGAGUCCCCACAGUUUUGCAGUUUGUAAUUCUUGUAUCCCCGAUGUUCCUGGGUGACAUAUAGCCAAAAGAAAGUAUAUCAUGUGGGCAAAAUUGCAGGAAAAUGUGUAUUUUUUUGUGAUUUAAAGAGCUCUAGUGACUUCCAUGUUGGCUUAAACGAAAGCCACAAGGGUCCCCUUUAAAAUGAUACCAAACAGUCUAUUGUAAACCUUUGAGAAAUGUCCCUGCCAUGAGCCUACACCAGAUAUACACCAGUGUAAAAAAUUGAAUUUAUCUUAAGGGUUGGUUAACUUCAUGAGUUGAUAACCAAUAUUUAGCUAGGCACCUGGAAAGGUUAUCAUACAAAAAUAUAAUCUACAGACAUGUAUCUUUUCAAAAAACAUGAUGAACCUUUGCCACCCUGAGGUGUACCAAAUAUCUGACUGGACUAAAUCAGUCAGUUUAAUAAUUUAAAAAAAACUCCUUACAGUAGCUUUAAAGUUCAUGACUGUGAUUUGAGGUCCUUAAAACUGUUCGAUCAACAAAUAUGUUAUAACUUUGCUACAAUUCGCUUCUUUUCUUUGCCAAUCUAGAAAAAGAGACGUUUGUAUUUGAGCUUUCGUUUGAGAUAGGAUCUUAGGGGAAAUUUUUACAAACUAAAUUUCAGAGUAGUGUAAAAGUCGCUGCCAGUAUCAAACUAAAAACUUUGAUUCACACUGAUGUUUAGAUGCUGAUGAUAAACUUUGGUGUUCUUAUAGAAAAUAUCAUUGAAUCAAAGUCUGGAGUUCUCCGUUUCUGCAGAAGUACACCUACUCCUCUCUUUGUUUGAUGUUAUCUCUGCUCCUCUUCCAGACGGGCCUCCGAGGACUUUCCUCUGAAGGCUGCAGAUGAGAUUGUUCUCUGCGGUUUGCAUCUGCUGGUUUGAUAAUCCAGGGAUUUCGCCGUCAGAGGGGGAUUCGAGGGGCGCAAACACGCAACAGCACACAAACUCCUGGACUGUGACGGCAGCCAUUGUUCCUCCCAAACAAUGUCUUCACUUUGAUGUCUGUGAUGCUUGGCCGGUCGAGGGAAGUUUUGUCAAUCUGUGCUUUAGUACCCAAUUCCCUCUCUCAUCCCUCCUUUCUGUCUCCCCCCCCUCAUAGUUUUGCUUGCUAAGAGACCAGGGAACAAAAAUGUGUUGAAACGAUGCUUCUCACAUGUUCUGCUCAUGAAUUUAAUAUGAUAUGAAAUAUAUUCAUAAGUUUGUUGAAUAAAAGGAUGGACUGAAUAUUUAAUGAUGCAUGUAACACACAUGCAAAGUUAGUUAAUUCUAGUUUUUUCAGAGUGGAACAUUUAAUGGAGGUGAGGUAAGCGACCUUUUUAUUUUUUUAACAGUUUUGGAGUAUUUCUCUCAAAAGUUCAUGGCACUAAUCAGAAUUUUUAGGGAUUUGUCAACACUCAUGAAAAAAAAAAAUGGUCAAAAAACAAUGAAAAAGGGUCUUGUGGAGGCGAAGGCAAAAUUUAAAGCGUGCAAUCAUAUGUUUAUCGUUAUGUUUAAUGUUGGUAUGUUGCACUGUAGGACAUUGCGUGUUGUGUUUCGCGUCUCUAAAGCCAGAGUGUCACUUUUUGUUGGACUAAAAUGUUGCUAAAAGGCUCUUGAAAGGCUUAAGCCUAAAAAGGGGGGGGUUGUUCGUCAUUGUCUUGCUGCAGGGGCAACAUGCUGGUUUGAGUCUUGAUUGACAGGUUCAGUCCUCCAAUGUGCUUUGGCACAAAAGGUGACACGCAGAAAAGGAAAUUGGCUUUUGUCCCUGCCUCUGAGCUACUUAACCUGUCCCUGAUUUCUCAUUUAUUGAAUCUGUUUCCGUGUGUGUUUGACAAAAACAAAAAACAUGCAUGUAUAAUUUUGGCAGGUGGGUAAUGAAUCAACUUCUCUAUAUAAUUCAUUUAUUUUCUAUUUUUUGUGCAUUUUUACCGAGUUGAAUUCAGCUAAAAAUGCAUCUUUUUUACCGUGUGAUUAUGUUUUGUUUUAUUCAUUUCCUGCCAAUCAUAAAACACUUUUUUCAGAGUCAUAUCCCACCGCUGUUUUGGUUGUUGUUCGGGUAAUUUUUGCAGGUAUUUUGCUUUUAUUCAAUUGAAAAUGGCAAAAAAAAUUAAGAAAGACAAAAGUUGAGGCUGCACCUCCUCGGUCCUGUCAUUUAAUUUUGCCUUUAUUUUCCUAAACUUGAUCAUAGUGCCUGAAUCUGACCACCUUUUUUUCUUUGUUUUGAAGUUGUAUAUCCAUCAAGAAAGAUCCUGUUUAUAUUCAAACAAAAGGCAUCAAACUGAAAUCAAAAUGAAAUCCAUCCAGCUGGUCAGAGGCGAAGGCCCGGGGCUCGUCUCUGUCCGGCCUGGUGUGGCUCAAAGUCAGUAGCUUUGUGCCCCCUUCUGGCUGAUAGAGCAAAAAAAAAAAAGACUUGUGAUUGACAAAUUUAGAAAUAUCUAUCGUAUUGUGAUAUCAUUUCUCUAACCAUACCGGUUUUCCACAAGAGUGCAGGUAUGAUUUUGUGUUUUAUGAACAAAUAUAUAUUAAAUUAUAUAAAGCGAAAAGGAUAAGAUCUGAACACGCAGAAAUAUCCUCAAUGAGCAACAAAAGUCCAGAUUGGUGUCAUUUUUCUGGGGGAAAAGUAAGUUUAAUUAUCUUAAAACACUUCAAACAAUCAUGCCCACCUUUGACCUUUAUCAAGACUUAUACUAAUGAGAUUGAUUUCAGAAUAAACUAUUAGACAAAGCACCAGAAUCAGACCUAAAUAAGUCAUUUUCCCCUUGACACCUUUGCUGCCCUCCUCCUCUGCUUUGACUCUGCUCAUAUCCCCCAUAUGUCCACAUCUAUCUCCUUUAUUUCACUCACAUUUCAGCCUCUUUUUUUUAUCACUCUUUCCCCCGUCUUCACUAUUUUUUCUUCUCCAUCUCUGUUUCUAUUCUUUUGUCAGUCCUUUAAUUUCCUCUCCCCCCUGCCUGCCUUGACCUCCGUAUCUCGUCACACUCCCCAUUAAUUUUCAUAUAGAGAAAGAUGCUGACUUUGCAGUCGUUCUGUGUUGGUGCUGAGGGUGGGGUAAGGCUGGAGAGGAUGAGUUUAUAUGAGUGUACUGAAUAUAUUCAUGUGUGUGUGUGUGUGUGUGAGAGAGAGAAAGAGAGGCCAGUAGAAGUGUGACUCCUCAAAUGGGUUAUAACUGGAGACAGUGGUAAGUUAUGGUGAUUGUUUAUUUUUUGUUAAAGGGUUUAUUGUAAAAGACUAAAGCAGAGAAAGAGAGAAAAAAGUAAAGGUAUGAAAGGACAGAAAUAAAAAAUAAGGGUGAAUUAGAGUUAGAGAAAAGACAAUAGAAAGCAUGAUAAGGAGUCAAUGACAAGUGAAGAUAAAGACAAUAACUUAAAUAGGGAUAGAAAGGUGAAUGGAAGAGAUGGGGAACUGAUUAAGAAAGGAAAAAAUGGGCAGAUUGAAACAAUCCAGACUAAAAUAUACAGGAAACAAGAAUAAGAAGAAGAAGAAGAACUUUAUUAAUCCUAGAAAGGAAAUUCAAUUGUCUGUCGUCUCAUUUGUCAUGUCACUAAAAGUCAUCUACUAUUUACAGGAGAGUUGUACAGUCUGAUGACUGUGGGUACAAAAGAUCUUCUGAAUCUUUCUGUCCUGCAGCUGAAUGCUAGGAGGUGGCGAUAUAAACCCUUUCUUCCAUCAAUGAUCAUUGGAAAUGUCAACUCUCUGCCCAACAAAAGCGAUGUGCUGGAGAUAUUGGUGAAGACUGAGAAAGCAUACCGUGAGUGCAGUUUCCUGUGUUUUACUGAAACCUGGUUGAAUCAAAACUCAACACCCUGAGGCACUAAUAAUAAUAUCAGGAGACUUCAACAAUGUCACUCUUUCCUCUUACCUGACUGGAUUCACACAGUUUGUGAACUGUUCUACCAGAGAAAACAAGACCCUGGAUCUGCUGUAUGCCAACAUUAAAGAAGCCUACAGAGCCACUGCCUUACCACCACUGGGCAAGUCAGAUCAUGACUCGGUCUAUCUGCAAACCUGUUACAGACCUUGUGUGCUUAGGCAGACUGUGACCAAAGUCAAAAUAAGAAGAUGGACACCACAAGCCAGUGAAGCUCUAAGGGACUGUUUUAGAUCAACAGACUGGAAUGUGCUGCUGGAAACAGAUGUGGACAGUAUGAACAUUGAUAAACAGGUUGACUGCUUUACUGAUUAUGUCAACUUCUGUAGAGACACAGUCAUACCCACAAAGACUGUUCACUGUUUCCCCAACAACAAACCCUGGAUCACAAGGGACAUAAAAGCAAUCCUUAACCAGAAAAAGAAAGCUUUUAAAGAUGGUGACAAAGAACGGCUCAAACAAGUGCAACAAGAGUUGGAGAGGAGACUGAAGAUGGCAAAGCUGGAGUACAAAAAGAAGAUAGAGAAUAAUCUACAACACAGCAACAUCCGUGAAGUGUGGAGAGGAACCAGUACCAUCUCUGGACACAGCAAUAAAAAGAAACGACAGCCAGUGGUGGGUGAUCUGGAAAGAGCUGAUGAACUCAACCUGUUCUUCAACAGAUUUGACACUGCUGUCACACCCACUGCUACUCCACCUUCCUCUCCACAACAAAUCUCCCCUACAUCUUCUCCCCUUCCUCCUCCAUCUUGUUCAAAUGUCUCAACCACUUCGACUGCCUCCCUCCUGGAACACCAGUCCUUGUCUGUCACCGAAACAGGGGUGAGGAUGGAGCUUGGAAGACUUUGUCCUGGGAAGGCAGCUGGUCCAGAUGGUGUGUGUCCAAGGCUGCUUAGAGACUGUGCUGCAGAACUGUGUCAACCUCUUCACAAGAUCUUCAACCUGAGUCUACAGCUGGGGCGGGUACCUGCUCUGUGGAAAACAUCCUGCAUUGUGCCAGUACCAAAAACUAAAUGUCCUGCUGAACUCAAUGACUACAGACCAGUGGCCCUCACUUAACACAUCAUGAAAACCCUGGAGCGGCUGAUUCUACGCCUUCUGAGGUCUGAGGUCAAAGACAAACUGGACUCCCUGCAGUUUGCAUACAAAGAACACAUUGGAGUGGAUGAUGCUGUCCUCUACAUGCUUCACCGUGCCCUGUCUCAUCUGGAGGAGCCUGGGGUUUAUGUGAGGAUCAUGUUCUUUGACUUUUCAAGUGCAUUCAGCACCAUCCAACCCCCCAUACUCAAAGACAAGCUCACAGAGAUGGGAGUGGAUCCUUCCUGUGUUUCCUGGAUCACAGAUUACCUGACAGGAAGGCCACAGUUUGUCAGACUGGGGAACUGUGUUUCUGGGACAUUAAUGAGCAGUACAGGGGCUCCACAAGGGACAGUGCUGGUGCCAUUCCUGUUCACACUGUACACGUCAGACUUCAAACACAGUACCGAGCCCUGCCACAUCCAGAAAUACUCAGAUGACACCACUAUUUUGGUAUGUAUCAGAAAUGGACAAGAAGCUGAAUACAGAGGUCUGAUAAGAGCCUUCAGUGACUGGAGUCACAAAAACUGCCUCCUCCUCAACACCUCAAAGACAAAGGAGAUGGUCAUAGACUUCCGUAGAGCCAAACCUCCUUUUCAGCCAGUGAACACCUGUGGAGUGGACAUCGAAGUGGUGACUUCAAAUAAAAACCUAGGUGUACAUCUAGAUAAUAAGUUGGACUGGUCUAAGAAUAUAGACUUCAUCUACAGAAAGGGGCAGAGCCGCCUCUUUUGCCUAAGAAGACCCCGAUUAAUAGACAUCUGUAGUAAGAUGCUGCAGAUGUUUUAUCCGUCUGUGGUGGCAAGAGUUCUGUUCUACGCUGCAGUCUGCUGGGGAGGAAGCAUCAAACACAAAGACGCAAGACGGAUUCAUGCUCGGAUCUUGCUACGUGCUCCGUGAGGAAAGUGAACACUGACGGAGGCAGGGAGCAGCUUCGGAGAAGAAGCAUCCAGCAGUGUGAACAACCUCUUCAUAAUGAGUGCUUUGGCUCACACUAUCGGCAUUAUCUGUGAGUGUUGCAUGACUUUGGGUGAGCACAGAGAUGAACACACUGUCAGCCACAUAUUUAUUGAUUUAUUUAUUUUUUAUUUUUUAGUGCUGCUUUUGUACUGGCACUAUACUAGGGCAGCUGUAUACCCUUUCAACACUUUAUUUUUAAUAUUGACAUUUGUAUUGAAUGGACACUUUAUCAUGACUGCCACUUGUUUUACAGAAAGAAAAUUGUUUGUUAUUCUCCAGUGCAGUGUCUUUACUUUUAUUUAUAAAGCCACUUUAUAUCAUUUGAGUUUGUUUGUUUGUUUGUUCAAGGUUUUCAAUAAUGUGAUGAAGGUUCGGAAAAAUAAAAGCUAGUGAUCUUGAAAGUCACAUGUGUAAGCUCUCAAAUACUUUUUGACUUUUGUUUCUAUCUGCUACAGAGGCCGAGAUAUCAGCUUUUUUGUAAACCUCAACACUUCAGAAAACCUCAGGAUCUGGGGGCCCUUCUCAAGACUGACCUUAGGAUUUCAGAGGCGUGUUUCAGACAGGGUUCAGGUCUGAAUGGGGUAAGGAAGUUCUUCCUUUUCACUCUACCUUGUGGUUGAAGAUGGGAACAGAGAGGGUCUGAUCUUACAAAGGUGGGGUCAGUCUUAAGGUCCUUUCGCAUCGGGAGCGUUUUUUUGUGCGAUUAUUUCGGACGUCAAUAUUUUUUUUUUCGUAGCACGGUCGCAAAAUCGCAUUGCGCUUGAUGUGUAUAGUCAGGCACGUCAAAAUUCGCCUCCGAAUAUUUCGUAAUUUCGCAUCGUAUUUUUGCGUUGUUCCCAGUGUGUAAGGACCUCUAUCCCGUCUUAACAUCAGGUCUUUGUGAUUAGACUCCAGUCUAGACCAGCGUUUUUUGAGUGUCUCUUUUAGAUAAUUCUUAGGUUUAAUCUGAUCCUUCACCUGGCCAAAGGUUUUUCUCAUGUUGGGCGACUGGCCUGCGCUCGGAUGGGUCAUACUGUUUUUGUUGUCGCCUUUUGAAAGCAGGAGGGUAAACAAAUCCAGUUUUAAUAAGGGCUUGUAGCUCAUAAUCCUCAGCCGCCAGCAGGUGAGGGCCAACAUAUGGGGCGAGACCAUGAAGAACGGCACCACGAACACACACACACACAGCAGCUGUCGCUUGUUUUCCGAGGCAGGACCGUUCCAACAAGAACACCUUGGGUCUUGGGGAGCCACGCCAAGAGAAGGAGGAGGGGAAAGGUAGGAGAGAGAGAGGAAGAGGAGGAGGGGAAGAUAUAAUGAUGCAAAUGACAGAAGGUGAGGAAAGAAAGGACGGAUAAAAACGGGGAUGCUUGUAUUUUGCUCAGACUACUUCAUGGAUAUUAUGAUUGAGCACGACGGGUUUGUAAUAGCACAAUAUUUUCCUGUGUGGAAGUUUUGGCUCGACUAAUUUGCCACUUUGCUGUUUUGUAAACAUCGUAUGUUUGACUAGUGGGGCUUGUUCAUGGUUACUUUGCCCUUGUGUGCUUUAUAGCGAUAAAAUUCUUUCAGCGAGAAGAGGAAAAAAAUCAAUUUCCCCCCUGACUGGUUUGGUUACACACAGCACACACACAGUCGAGCUUGCUCUGUCGUCUGUUUUAAGCCUGCAUACCUGUUUUGUUGUUCCUGCGGCUAAUUGGGAUUUGCAAUUCGAAGAGUCGCCUUUUCAGCCCGUCUAAUCUUUUUGAGUUAAAAACAUUAGAACCAGGUUUUUCGUCUUGUUUUUUCACUGUAACAGAAAACAGCUACAGGAGCCGUUCAGUCUCUUUCCUGUCUGUCAUCACUCUCUUCUUUCCUCCUCCCCUCUCAAGUUUUCCUGUAUUCUUAAUUUCUUCCCAUUUCGGUUAACCCUUUUCCUCAAUCUGCUGUCCUCUUUGUCUGCCACUCCUCCCUUUCCCCUCAUCUACCUCCUUCUCUUUCGCCCUCCUUCCCCUCCUUUCAACCCAUUUCUGCUUCUUAUGAAGUGUGAAAAAUGAUCGUCUGCAGGAUGAAGUGGACAGAAUUUGCCGGCGUAAUGGCCUGACAAAACGAAUCGCGGCCUUCCUCGCCAUCCAUCACUGAUUCGAGGCACCCACGGUUAAGAUCUGUGAAGGUGCUGGCUUAUUGAUUGCUAGUUGUAACUACAAAGUGUCUGAUUCAGUGUUUGCGGCGUGGCGUGUUGGAGGGGGGUUGGGGGAGGUGGUUGUUGGUGGGUAAAAGGGAAUGUAGGCAGCAGUAGCACUCUCAAAAAAAACCCUCUUUUGAUAGAUUUUAAAUGGUUGAAAUAUUGAUUUCUGUCAGUCCAAGGCCUGGCUGAGCAGGCCGCGGCCAUUUGUUGAAGCUGUGCCGCUGGACACCCAGUUCUGCCGGCUACCAUCAGUCAUUUUGAUGACGGGAAAAAUGAAAGAGGAAGGACAAAAGGAGGGGAAAGAGAGAGGUAGAGAAGUAAUUAAGGAGGUCAACUCUUCAGCUUCACUGAUUCUAGGUUGGAUCUAACAUAUGUGAAUAGAUACGGGAAUAGUUUAAAGUCCCACUCCCAUUGUUUUUUUGUUUUUUUUACUACUUAAAGGUGGGGUAGACAGGAUUCCGUUAAAGAAGCAUCUUUUUUUGUAGUGUACAUAAAAAAAAGCCUUUCAUAUCAGCCAACAGCUAUUAGUCAUUGAUGACAUUUGGGAAUAUAACAAUAUCGCUGUGUUUUGUUAUGUCUGUGUAGUCAACAUUUUAAAAUUUCAGAGCGCUCCGCUCUUUCUAACUGUAAACAAAGCCAUUUUCCACCUCCCCCAUCCUGAUUGGUUGUGAGGCAGACGCCGCUCCCCAGUGUCGUUCAGGAGCCCAAACAAAGUUAGCGUGCUACAAUGUCGUACAGUAGAAACCAACCAGAAAGUAUGAAAAAUUGUCUGAAUCCUCCUCUAGCCUCGACUGCCAACACAAGCAAGAAAACGAAGUAGAUACCACAGACUCUGGCGGAAUAACGGGCGCUUAAAAGGAGGUAGACCACCCGGACAAGAGAUAAGAAGCCGAGUCAACAAUGAUGGGGGAUGCUUCGGGAUCUUAUGGACCCUGUAACCUUUAUGCUGGACAGGUAAACCGCUUUAACAAAGUAAGCCAAGUGUCUGUUACAGAAGUGUUUCUUGUCAAGCGGGACCUGCUGCAUGUUGUAGCGCCGCUAAACUGUUUAGCUCAGGUCCUGGACUAUGUCACUUUAUCCUAGUUGUAGAAGUCCUGCAAACAUCGUGUUUGCUCAGAAAAGCAAUUUCGCACUUCUUUUUCUCAUGAUAUGUCCUUUAGUAUCAGAAAAAUGCCAUAUGAACAUGUAGAAAACAAGAAAAAUAUGAUAUGGGUCUUUUAGCAGUAAGUGAUUGGGAAAAUACAGCAAACAAUAACAGUAACCUGAUCUGAGCUUGUGUGCAACAUCAUAACACAAUCCUGCUUUUUCGAGACAAAUUAGUCUCAAAUUCAGAUCAAUAUUCAGACCAUGAACAAAUCUGCAGCUCUUACCGCACAUAUAAGUGAUGAAAUAUCCCCUACUGUUGCUUUAAAAAGUAAACAGCAUGUUUAAAGGAUUGAAACAAAAAUCUAUUAAUUGCAUUGGCUCGACUGCUUGAAAACUAGCCAAAUAUACCAUGAUUAUGCAGUUUGGGGUCAAUAAGUGUUCUGCACAUGCUCCACAGACAAACAGAAGGAAGUGAGGCGAGUGGAGAAGAGCAGAGGUGUGGGUGUGAGUGGGCCAAAGAGAGCUGCAUCAGCAGAUUAGAGUGGUAAAGGUGAGCAAUGAUUAUAACAGUCAGAUAAAUGUGAUUCGUUCUGAAUAGGGUCAUGUGUUUGUUUGUCUGUGAAUGCACCGCAGAGAGUUUUUUGCUGUUUUUGUGGUUCAGUUAAGAACCCUGCAAAGUGCAAUGAAAUAUUUCAGUCUGUAGGCUGAGAGCAGGUGGUGACCACCACCCACGUGUCCUCCACAUGUAACGCACAUACACACACAUGCACACACUUGCAGCACAGAGGAAGCUCGGUCCUGGUGGGAGGUCUGAGGUCUCCACAUUCCACAGACAAGUGUCUAGCACCUGCUAGGCCUCAGUCAGCCUUUACUGGACAACAGAUUAGGACUGGUGGACACACUCCAAAUCCGUUUACUUUACAGUCUGUGUGUUUGCGUGUGUGUAUGUGUGUGUGUGUGUGUUUGUCAUGUGCCAAAGAGAGAGAGAGGGAGGGAAAGAAUUUGAAUCCGCUUCCUGAGGAAAUUUAUUGUGGCACAAACUGAAAUACUUAGUCACACUGUCAGACAUCAAACUAUCCUCAGAUUGUGUGAAAAGCUGAAAGCUGAUUCGAUAGGAACACGAAAAGAAGUUUCUGCGUUACACAACUUUCUACAGGAAAGAGAAAACGACAAACUACAGAGGAGCCGAGUAAAUCCUUUCAGGGAUAAUAGACUCACCUAGUCUCACAUGCACACAUACAGCACAACACCACAGCACUGUACACACACUAAAUAGUAUGCACAAAGAAAUGCAAACAUACCUCCAGCAGCCCAUGUCUGACAGGUGCACAUGUCAGUAGUUAGUUCAACCUGGAUCAGAGCAUUUGGUCUCGCUCUGUAGCAGCCAGGCCCCCAGGGUGUGUGUGUGUGUGUGUGUAUGUGUGUGUAUCUUUGUGUGUGUGAUUCUAAAGGACCCGAUGCUCAGUACCCAGACACUACCCAUAUUGUUUUCUUCAGUGGAGCUAAAAAAAGGGGAGCUGAUUUACAGAGCUGUCUGGCACUGGAGCAUACGGAUGCAUGACUGACUCAGCCUAAUGGAGUUUUCAGCUUUGGAUUUACACUUCUGCCGCUCUGCGUGGAGUGAAGCUGCGGAUAAGUCCAAGCUGGCUGCUGCACGUCUCAGCGGUGGUUAUGUUCUGUGCCAUGGUGUUGUGUCGCAACUGUUUGAGUCCCUGCAAACACAUCCUCAAAAUGACAGAAAUGACAGAAAUCUAUUUCUUACUCUUUUAUUCUUUUUUUUUUUUUAACUUGAGGGCAUCCAUACUUCUUAAUAAGACACUUUACAUGCAAGUAAUUGAGGUUAGAAAGCGUUCAUCUUUAAAGUUUAUGUUAGGAACUUAAAGCGUCAACUUUGGCGCCCCCUGUGGACAAAAUAGUCUUUGCACUGAUCGUAAAUAGUCUAAAGUAUUGUUUAUUAUGAAUAUUUUAUGUGGAAAUUGCAGAAGCAUCAUGUUCAGCUCAUGUUUGAUUUUCCGUCUCAUGAAAAGACAUCAGGUCUAAUUUAAGUCUAUUUCACAAAUAUCUGAAAAUUCCUCUCCGGAGCUUUAAUUUCAAGUAAGAAAAUUCCCAUUUAGCACAAAAAACAAGGAAAUCUAAAACCCUAAAGAUACUGUAUUAUUUUUGACAACAUUAAAACAGCAAAUUUACAACCAACAAAUGAAAAACAAAAUUACUGAACUUGAGUGAACCUUUUAAUGUGGACGGAAUAAUAAUUGGCUCAAUAAGGGACUUUUGGAUUUCUAUCCAGCUAUCUGAAAUUGUUUUUCCACACAACAUAACCAAAAUUAAAUUAAGACACAAGCCAGUAACUGUUUUAGAUUUAAUUUGAUGUUAACAGCUGAUGAAAACUGCAAAAAAUAUAUAUAUAUACUGGUGGUGCCAUGAUAAUACCAAUCCUAUCAAUCAGUCUGAUUAAUCUGUCUAUCUCUGCGGAUUAAUAUAUUGUUUGGAUUGUUCGAUUAAUAUGAAUAAUGUUCAGCUUUUCUUUCAUUAAAUAUAAAUACAGGACCAGAUUUUUUUUAUAUUUAAUCUUAAAUAAAAUAAUCCCAGGUUACUUUUAUUUGUUCCCACAAGCCCAACAUGGUCUCUUUUUCUAAAGGAACUGUCAUUUCAUUGUGACCCAGAAAAGCAGAAUUGAUUAUGCUGGGAAUCAAACAUUAGCGUGUUAACUGGACCUAAAUCAGUUUUGUGUGUCGGAUUGCUGGACUGCCAUCAGGGCAGCACUGUGUAACUACAUGCAGCUGCCCACAAACGCUGGCUUCAACAAAUUACCCAUUUCACAGCUCACAAAGCAUUUAGCCGCCAAACUAUGUGGAUGAGUCCAUUCCUGUGCUUUUGGAAGGACACAGUCUCAUGUGAAUGUUGUACCUCUCUCAGGAGGCCCGGUGUCAUUGAGCCAUUUUGAACACAACUUAAACUAUUUGGUAAAGCUAAGUUUUCUCUAAAGAAGACCCCUGGUUCUGUUUCACUUAGUACUUCUUCACUUUUUAUUUACAAUUAUCGAUGACUUCACUUUUUAAUGAUAUGUUUGUAUUUCAAAAGUCAAAAUGACUCUAAAAUAAAGGCUAGGACAGAAAAAUAUUGAGAACUGGUUUCAAGUGAACUAAAAAGUCCUCAGCUGGGACGAUCAGUUCCCAAAUAAAAACCCCGAGAGCUGAUUUACUAGCCUGCUUCAGUGUAAUCUCUCCAAGAAGAUAGCUCAAAAAUAUUGAUGAAUUCAACUUGAGAACAAAAAGUUCAACCAAAGAAAUCAAUCUGUCAGUUCACUUAUUUUUUUUUUUGUCCCUAGACCUUCACAGCUAAAAGAAAAUCCUGGACUUUCAAAGAGGGACUCGAGGACCAGCUCUCAACUGUGUAAGUGCAAACCAUGAGCAGCCGCUUGAAUCCAGUUAUCCUUUAUAAUUCCUUCGUUUGUCAGGGGACGUAAAAAAGUCAAGGCGUAAUAGCCCUCGGUUGAAGCUCUGGUGCGGAUUCAACUGAUAGCAGCGGCUAAUGAUGCUAUAUGACCCUGAAACUGAUUUCCUUAAUCCACUUACAUUUCUUUAGAUUCAACGGUAAGCCUAUUAGGCUAUAGAGCUGUUGUGAAUGGUGCAAUAAGUGCUGCAAAGUAACAAGGAAGAAAACAAUGCCUUUCAGGAUGCAGUAUAGAAAAAAGAAAACUUGACUAAAAUGAAUGAUUUCUUCAUCACCUGCUGCAUUAAACCCGAGUUCGUCUCGGGGGGGGGGGGGGUUCUAAACCAAAGUAGACAGGAAAAAACAGUAGGAUCAAGGUCUCUGCCUAUAAUUACAACAAUAGCAGAGUCGCUCCUGUCCCCAGUGGAGGCUCCAAGGCAUCACUCCCUAUCCCUUCAUAUUGUAUAAAGACUGUUCUAUCAGCCCUGGAACGGCAUCAUUGCUUGUAAAUUAAUUUGGGGUUCCUGUCAGUCGGGGCCUUUUCCUCUCUUAUCUGGCGGUGUAAUAUAGGAAGCUGAGAGGCUCAGGAGAUACUGUUGAGAGCGCUGGAGGAGAGGGAGAAGAGAGGGGGAUGCGGGGGGGAGGUGGAAGUGAGUAUUAAAGAGAAGAAAGAUAGAUAAAAGGAAAGAGAGAUGCAAGGACAAAACAAGAGAAGCGAGUGAGAGAAGCCAAUAGCAACCCCGCUGGAUGUCAGGGGCAGAUUCGAGGAAGGGCCUGACUCAGUGAUAAGUGAAUAUGGUUUGCCGUCCUAUUUUCCACGCAGGCACACACAAGCUAUUUGUCAUCCAGACUGGACUCUCCGCCAAGAGGCCUUCACCUAUCAGCACUAUUUGUCCCUGUGUCACAGCCAGCGGAUAAAUCUUCUCCAGCAGAUCCUUGUUUAAAUCCACCCUCUAUUACCAGAGGUCCAGCCCUCUCAUGGCCAUAUGUGCCAGACACACACAGACAUAUACACACCCCUGACCCCUUCAGUUGUUUCUAAUUAACCCCUCACCCGCUGUAUGUAGCCUCAAUUCCCUAAUGGCAAUAAAUAGGCCUGACUAAAAUCCCAUUAGUGGUUGGAGUCAUGAUGGCAAAUUAGUAGAGCAUUGACUAAACGCUGGGAUGGCGCUGAGGCGAGGCUCGGUCUGUGCAUUAUAUUUAAUCUGGGAGGAAUUUUUCUGAUAUAUAGAUAUAUUGAGAAUGAUCCAAGAAAACAACAGAGAUGAUAAAAACAAUAUUCUUAAUAUGGCGGUGCAUGUAACAUAUAUAGUAUAAGUCAGGUAGAAAAUGUAGGAAUAGAGAAACAAUGGUGGAUGCAGUUUCUUGCAAAAAAAAGGGGAUAGCUGGAUCUUUAUUGUCUUAUCUUUUUUGUUUUGUUUUGGACAAGCUGAGAUGUUGAAACAGAUUUUAAUAAGCACACAUCAGUAUAAAAUAGACCCGUUCAGUUUUGCGUCAGCUUUUACACCAAAAAUAAAUUAAAACAGAAAGAAAACCCAGAAAACCUAUCUCAAUAGAAUAUAAUUAUGAAGCAUAUUCACCUAAAAGUUACAGAUAGCUAUUUAGCUCAUUUUUAUGCACGCUGCAAACUAUAAAGCCAAAUGUGAGGGCAUUUUCAGUCGUCUAUGUUGAAAACAGUCAAUGUGUGCAGCAAGACCACAAACAUUACAGCGUGUAAUUACCAUCAAUAGUCUUUCCAGAGAGUGUAUGAAGCGCAUAACUUCACUGUGUUAUUUGGAGAGUUAAAGGACAUAGUAGAAACUAAUUACAUCUAUGUUGCUGUGUGUAAACAAUCAUUAUUUUUACUCUGCAUUUCCACAUUAAACAAAAAAAGCAUUUUCUUUUUCAUGUGGGCGACCGAGACUGUCACAGCAGGAGAAAACCUCCUGUUAUUCCACGCUCACAAGAAACAAUACAAGCCUGGAAUUUGGAUGAACAUACAUUGGGCAGACCUCCAGCAUGGCAAAAACACCAGAGGCUAUUUAAGCCAAUAAACAAUAAGACAUGCAUCAUCUAGUGUGGCCAGUUCUGCAUGGUUGGGAUGGAAACCACAAGAAAAAUUGGUCUCCAAGCAAAAGCCCGGAGUAUAGAGGUAAACAGGAUGGAUGGUUUAUUCAGACAAAUAAAACACUGUCCCUGACAUUUUUAUGCUGAUUUUUAAGGUCAUAUUUUAGAAGUUAGUGCAAGAGAAGAAGAUCAAACAACUCGACAUUAGGGUUUUAAAAAGGCAGCAGAAAAUAUGAGUGAACACUACUAAGGAUUUAAUUAAGUUGAGUUGAAAGGUUGUGUAUUAAAACAGAAAAAAAAAGUAUCCAAACUAGAUUCAUGCAAAUAUGAUAAUAUAUAAAAGUGAUCAUCUCUUUUGAGGAGGGCCGUGCCGGCACAGUCUCGGAUUCCUUGUCAUCUAGUGCCACCCUGUGGCCGUCUACAAACACAGACAUCACCAUGCACAAAAUGACUUUCACUUGCAACACAUUCAACCUUCACAUCCACAAUCCGAACAUGCUUUGCACAAGCAUCACAAAUUCCAACACAAGGCAAAUCAAGCACAAAAGUAUGUAUUGCUCUUUAUCUUAUUUUUUUUCCUAAUUUAACAUAACUUAUAACUUUAACAUAACACAAGCUCUACUGUUGAAUUUUAACCUCAAGCACAGAAGAUGUCUCUCAUUAAUAUAAACAUGACUUGACCAGGCAAUGAGAUACUCCACAUCUUUUUAGUUUUCUUCUUCUAUCUUGUGACCCCAUGAAAAACAAUAAAAACCAGGACAUUUUUAUCACUUUAUAAAAAGACAAACAGGACAGCCAGAUACAGGAUGUAAACACAGGGUAUGUCCUGGGAAAACAGGAUGUUUGGUCACCCUACCUAAACUCAAGAGCAAAACCUUUCUCUUACCUGAUGUAGAGUUGACCCCCAGAGGCCUCAGCUUGGCUUCUUCAGCUGUCCAAGAAGAGAAUAAACUGUCCUUAACUUCUUUUUCUUUUGAUAUUCCAAUAGUGUUGGAGCAGUUUGGCAUAUUAAGUGUCUUAUAAAAGGUACUGGGUCAAAAGUGUCCACCUGAGUCUUUUGGGCCCUCAAACAGGACUGUAAUCUUCCUGUCUCAGACUCUGUGAGGGAUAAACUCAUAUCUGCUCCAUGAAUUGGUGCCAGUGACCUCCAUUGUAGUUGUUUUUCAAAGUUAAUCCAAAGUUAUAUAGCCAUGAACUUUGUUUUCUCUUUGUGACUCGAUUUUGUGUCAACACCAAAAAAGAAAGUCUACUGCGCCCAAGAAGUUUGACGUUGUAACAUUGCGAAACAGCGCCUCAAGUGACGGGAGGCUAAUAUAGUCCUCUUCUUAGCAUUUCAGCUGAAGCCUUGUUUAUACUUCUGCGUUGGAGCUACGCAGUAGAAUACUCUUUUGGUCCAAAGCCCUGUGCGUAGCUGACGCGUGCGUUUAAUACAUAUAUUUUAACUAACAAUUUCAUAAAUGGUUAUUAAUGCCAAAUUUUGUUUAUCUUUUGCCUCAAUAGGCUACUGCUGUUAGAUCUGACAUGGAACACUAGGUGGCGCCUAAGCUUGUGUGGAUCAAGGUAAGGCUCCCACUAAUUGCAUUUUUACCUGUCAGUGUUUUGGUGAUAUUACAUCAGAUUAUAUUUAAUAAUUUUUUUCCAGUCUCAAAAAGCAGAUUUUUAUGAAUGUGUAAGAAAAUGUUGGUCCCUUUAUACUCUUGGCUGCAGCUUGCCCACUUGCAACCCUUGAGAGUCUGAGAGCCUGCAAUGGCUGUCACUCAAGAUUGGCAUUUUUGCUGGCAGUGACAUUUGUGAGGAGAAAAGGACAUUCAAGCCCUAUCACCUCAUGGGGAAUUUUACAGGUUUAGACGUAGAGAGCGCAUUCCUCCAGCACCCAGAGGUUUUCUCUGAUUCACAUCUCAAUCCAAGAGUGAGCUUUAUCCUUUUUUUCUCCAUAUGAGGAGGGAGAGCAAAGUCACCCUAGGCCUAGACAGUCCACACAUUUCCAUUUUAGAGGGCGGGCAUCAGGGUCGCAUGUGCCCACAGGGGGACUGACCAGCACUAUUUGUAGGCUACUUUGCGCACAAGUGACUGGGCCGUUUUAAUGGGUCAAAACCUUUGGUUGUUUCAAGACUUGAAAAUUGCCCUAUCCUCCUGACUACCAGUAGCUCAAAUUUGUCCUCUGUGGAGGACCAUUGUAAACCUCAAUAUCUCCCACCCACUGCAUACUACUGAAUUAACUCCUUUUGGUUUCUACAGAGGACAUUUAGAGCUUUUCAAUGAUACCAAAUGUAUAAUACCGGUAUGUAUGAUAUUGAAUAUUAAAUGCAACCCUUUUUGUUUGCUGAGCUGGAGAUGGUGGGCAAAAUUUGAAUAGGGUAUUCAUGCAUGAAAUAAAAUUAAAUAGAAUAAAACAAAACAAAAAAACUCUAUUUAAAAAGUAGAGUGGGUUUUAAGAAUAGACUGAGAGGAGAAGUUUUGCGGAAAGAUAUUAUUCUAGAUUGUACCUAAUGUCAUGACUGGUUCAUUUAUCUUCUUUUGACUUAUUUUUUGUUUAAAUUCUUUUGUUUCUGGUUAUCGUUUUUAUAUUGAUAUUAUCUUGAUUUGUAUGUACUCCAUGUCAUAUCUUUUUCAUUAUGGUACUUUUCAUCACCUAGAAUAUUGUUUGUCUUUGGUACACUAAUGUAGAUAUUGUAGGCCAUAUUUAUAUUGCUCUUUUUUAUCUUUGGUAUGAACAUUAUUAUGUAAACUCCCAGUCAUUGGGGUUUUUUUUUAUUGUUGCUAUUUUUGUAUUACAAAAUUUUAUUAUUGAUCAUGCUGUACUGCAUUGUAUGAUUCGUUUUUGUGAUUGUGUGAUGUUUUUUGCCUGGACCCCAGGAAGAAUAGUCUCCACUGCGGUGUAGACUAAUGGGGAUCCUUAAUAAACUAAACUAAACUAAAAAACAAUAAAUAUAUAAAGAAGAUUAACUUAGAAUAGCGUGUCAUAAAUGAAAAACAAAUGUAUAAAUAAUUCGUCCGUUUAUAUUUAUUCUUAUUUAUACAUAGUUUAUUUUGAAAGUUUCAACAGGAAGCUGUUUUCACUAGCGUCACCCCUCCGAUCACCUCGGGCAACGAGAACGAGCGUCUCCACACGCGACCACAUCCAGGUGGUUUACGUGAAAGCCUGGAGGGGGGAGUGUUCCAACGUCUGUUUACCUUACGUUUUCAGGACACGUUAAGGUAAGCAAAAAAGGGGACUUUAUCAUACAAAAUAAUGAUAAUAAACCCUGUAGUAAUAAUACUAAUAAAGCUCCUGCUUCAGACCCAUAAAAGUCGAGUAUUACCAGAGAAGUUGGGCGCAGGUAAGCCUAAAAUUUUGACCGUAAACGUUGCUUUUUUUCCUCUGACCGUUAGUGAUUGCUAGGCUAACGUUAGGAGGAGUAAAGAUGUGAUGAUGGUCGAGCUCAUGCCCCCCUUUUCAACCACUGCUUAGUUUUAAAGUUAUUUUUGUCACUGAAUAAGGCUACUUCUUUCUUUUAAUGUGCAUUCAGCCCUAUAAACAAGAUAACACCCAAAUAAUAAUCCACUUUUUGUUCCCCGAAAGUGCACUAGUUGAGUUCCUAAGCACAAAAGGGUGGCAGGAUGAGCCAUCACAUGUUCAUGUGAUUUGGUCUCCUUCUAGUUUCCUUUCUCACAUAACUUAAAGCUCCAGUGAGGAACUUUUGGCACCCCAUGUGUGUUAAAAAACUCAUCCUGCUAUCAUUUAUCGUGAUUAUUUUUUAUGUGAAAAAGAUAAAAACUGCUUUUCCUUCAGCUGCUUUAAUGACACCUACUGCCCACACUUUUUUCAGGCAUUAAUAAUUAUGAAUAGAAAUCCCAGAUAAUGUUGCUGAUGGUCUUGUUUGCUCCUGGAUAUCAUAAAAGAUCAUCAAUAUGAAUUUAGAUCUCAUUCAUAGAUGUUUAAAACUCCUCACAGGAGCUUAAAUGUUGACAUCUGGGUUCUUGGUUCUUGUUGGAUUGCAGGAAUGUGUAAAAAAUGUAGGCGACAAUAGGUGUUUAGGGUUUGGCCUUACUAACCUUACGCACUAACAGCCCCGAUAAGCUUAAAGGUGGUCUGGAGCGUUAAUGUAGUCUAUUAUUAGGCCAAGAUAACAGUCGUAAGAAGCUAAUCUGGCAUCUGUGUGGGGGUUAGCCAAGAUGUGGCGUGUUUGUGUGUCUCUCUUAGCCUGUGUACUCAUUGUUAAGUCUAAUUAAAGCACAUUCAGAGAACAUAGUGGAAAGGAAACAGAUAGACAUCUCUGCUUCUAUUCAUGCAUGCUGUCCUGAUAGGAGGUGUAUGAUGCUGGCGAUGCAGUUGCUCAGGGGUGCAGUGAAGCAUACUGGGAGAAGGCCCCAAUGCAGUGUAAAGCAAUUAAUCCCAGUAGUACCUGGUACCACCUCAACCUCACAGCAGUUACCUGCUUUCAGAGGGACUCAGUCUUCAUUCUGUGCUAACACUGACUCCGACAACCCCAGAGUCCUCAUCACAGGUGGGUUUUUUUGCGCAGUGUCAUCCUGGGCUGGGCGAUACGAGAAAAAGUUUAUCCCGAUAUAUUUUUUUCAUAUCAGUCAAUAUCGAUAUAUAUCAGGAUAUAAAACAUGAAAUUUAGCUGCGCUUAUUGGUAGCAUGUCUUUUGCAAUACAAUAAGCUACUGCAUCUUUGAGGUCUUUGUGUCUCUUCAACGUUUCGUCGUGAGGCGUUGCGCUAGGGAAAGCGGAGCCCAUGGCGGCUGUUUCAGCUGCACAAGCGCCACGGGCUCCUUGCUGUUCGGGGUUUGUAGUGCUGUCAGCUUCACGUGUUAAAGUGCUAUGGUUGCGUGUAGCUGCAGCUUGCUGCUAACCAGUUGUUUGCUACUUGGUUCUAAUUCAGCGCAUGAUUGGUGCAGCACAAAGCAGACCCGGAGCAACUUCCCUUUUCAUUGGCUGUUCAUAUAGUCUACCAAAACAUGGCAGAACGCUGACUAUCGAAAAGCAUAUUGACCAUGUUUUAUAUCGACAUUGAGGGAAAUUAAUUUUCGGUAUAUAUUGUUAUCGUUUUAUCGCCCAGCCCUAGUGUCACCAUUUGAGACCUAAUUAUGUAUUACUGAUCGUGCAAAUAAUUUUUCCUGCUUUUUUCAUUGCUGAAGGAGGCCUUGGGCAGCUAGGGGUGGGGCUUGCAGAGUUGCUAAGGUAAUGCAAAUGUAUCUCAAUAAUUUAUGUUAUUGUGGCGCUUACCAGCAUUGUGGUUUUGUGUUUGGUAGUAGUAUGCUAACAAAUCAGAAACAACUCUGUCUAGUGUUUGUUAUAAAUUCUGUCUUAAUGUGUGAAAUAAAGCAAGAAAAGCUAGAAGAUGGUGUAAUAUUCAGUGUUUACUGAUUCUGUGAUUUCAGUUUCUACAGCUUACCACACUGACGUUUCAUCCUCAGGCAGCGGUUUGGACAAAACAAUGUGAUCCUGUCUGACAUCAGGAAACCUUCCUAUCAUGUCUACCACAGUGGUGCGUAAUUGCCUGUUGCCUCUUGUAUGAUAUUUACUGUAAAUCUGAUUCGACUGUUGCACAUUAAUCUCCGCGUGUCCCACACAGGUCCAUUCGUCUUUGCAGACAUCCUGGACCUGAAGAACCUCAGAGAGAUUGUGGUCAACAAUAACAUCAGCUGGCUGGUUCACUACUCAGCAGUGCUGUCCGCUGUCGGAGAGAACAAUGUUGCUGUGGCCAAAGAUGUCAACAUCACAGGUAGAUCUUGAAAGUUUAGAUUACUCUGACGCUGCCAUGACAGGAGAUGAUGUUGCAGAUUAAAGAUUUAGUUUUACAAGUAUGUCCAUCUUGCUUAAUACUUAUGCACAGCCUCCCUCUUUUCAUAGGUCUCCAUAAUAUAUUAGACAUAGCCACCGAACAUGGUUUGCGUGUGUUUGUCCCCAGCACGAUUGGUGCCUUCGGUCCAUCCUCACCAAGAGAUCUCACCCCUGAUCUGUGCGUGCAGAGACCACAAACCAUCUACGGUGUGUCUAAGGUUCAUGCUGAGCUGAUGGGUGAGGUGAGACACGUAUAUACUGAAAAGUUCCCCUCUUCUUUUGUUAAAUUAGGGUUGAAAAACACAGACCUGUAAAAUCAAGAUGUUUUCUUUUUUCGGUUCAUUUUCUUAGUAUUACCACCACAGAUACGGGCUGGAUUUCCGCUGUCUGAGGUAUCCAGGAAUUAUCUCAGCCGACUCCCAGCCUGGAGGAGGAACCACAGGUGUGACAUGUGACCUACUUUGCAAUCGCUUGUUGUUUUAUGAAUAUAGAUUUUCGAUAAAACAGAGAAAGUAGCCUGGCUGUCCUAAAAUACUAAUAUUUGCAGAUGGUACAGCCUGACACGAUUUCAGGAUGUUACUAGAAGUUAGGAUGUAGGAGAGGAUUUUUCUGAAUUAACCCGUUCAUCCGUGUUUCAGACUAUGCUGUCAAGAUUUUUCAUGCAGCUGUGAAGACUGGGAGUUUUGAGUGCAACCUUUGCAGUGGCACACAGCUGCCAAUGAUGUACAUCGGUAACUCCUGUUAUCAAACUGUCAUACUUCUCUUUAUAGUCCAUUUUUGAUUUUUCCUUCACUUACUCACCUGAAUAUACGCAUCCCUUCUUUUUUACCCUCCUCUCCUGUGCAGAUGACUGUCUUAGAGCUACUCUGGAGGUCCUCGAGGCCCCAGCAGACAACCUUGCCAGCCGCACUUAUAACAUCCAUGCAAUGAGCUUCACACCACAAAGCCUCACGCAGGAGAUACAGAAAGCUGUGCCCCACUUUAAGACCACCUAUGACGUGGAUCCGGUUCUGCAGGCUAUAGGUGAGACUGAACUGUUGCAGCAAAUACAGGGGAAGCUGUAGACCCAGGAAUUUCAAAUAUCACUGUGUGUCUUCUUAGCUGAUAGCUGGCCAAUGGCAUUAGAUGACAGCGCGGCGAGGCGGGACUGGGGCUGGAAGCACAAAUACGACCUCCCAGAGCUGGUGAAGACCAUGCUGAGUCAUAUCACUGUGAGCAACCGGCGAGCACAAGACUUCUGA